AAUCGAAGUUCAGGAAGGACCGGUUUGCACUGUGGCCUUUCCGCACUUCUGCGCACACGCAUACACAGGACCGUAAAGUCUGCUCGAAACUUUAAGCGUUUCUCAUCCGCUUGGGACGCAGAAGGGCUUCCCCGUCAAAGCCGAUUCUUUGAUCCGCAGCCAGAUGCACCAAUCGUGGCCCGCUUGCACGGAGGACGAAAAUCUCAUCGUUCCGGAGACAGCUCGGAACGGCUUUGGUCUUAUGCUUGAUUGGGUAUUCGCAUCCGAUGCCCUGGCUGGACGCGUCCUGCGCCAAACACCAAGACACACAACAACACGCGGCUCGCUUCGAGGCUACAGUACGCCAUCCUAACAAUCGAUACAAGAAACUGUCGGCAUGGCUCCAAAGUCCAGAGGAGCCUUCACAGUGCCAACUACGAAGCCACUGUCGGAUUCACUGCGCCUCCCCUCGAACAGCCCCAACGUCUGGAAGACGCUGUCGCGACUGUCGCGGCCUUCGUUGAUAGCAUUAGCCGCGCAGUGGUGCGAGAAGGACAAUCUCAAGACAUGCGGCCCAUAUAUUCUAAGCAAAGGCGAGGAGGAUGAUCCCGAGGCUGCCUAUGCCGCCGCAGAAUCGCUCGCCGAAGUGAAGGCCUUAUACACUGAAGAUCUUCCAUCGCGGAGGGGCAGCAAGCGCGAGGUCGUGGACAGGAUACUGGAAGGAGACUGGCGGCAUGGUAUAUCAAUGAGGCAGCUGGCGAUGGCAGAGACGCAGUACGUGCUGGACCACCAAUCGGCAAAUCGAUGGACCGCCCUUUGUCUUGUUCCGCGCGGCGACGACGACGAAGGACGCGAAGAGAAAGUGCGACCGCAUCUACCACGGCUGCACGCUGCCACCUUCUUGCGUAGCCUGCAAAACGAGAUCUCACCCGUGGCAAAGGCGCACUUCCACCUCCAUAGGCCAGACACACUGCCCGUCACCGUGCUAAGGAUCUAUUUGCAUGACACGCCGUACAAUACGACGACAGCACUUCGCACCGUGUCUACAAACGGCAGGUCCCGGAAAGCCGACCCUUCCGAGCCGCCAAAGUCCAUUUUUGUUCUCUUUCCUUCCGGCACUCCGUACAUAUAUGUCUCACUUGCAUCCUCGGGGGCACACCUCACGGAUCCUGAGUCAAAAUCGCUGCAAAAGUUCGUUGUCGAAGCCAUACCUAAGGCACUCUCAAGGCCCGGUAGGCGAUUUGAGAUACGCUCCACAGGGCUGAUUGCACGAUCGCUUACCGCGCUGCUUGCGCACAGAGGCGCAGAGGGGACAAAUGCCGCCGCGGGUGGAUGGUCCAUCUUUGUGACGGACUCAAAAGGUCGGAACGCGCUCGACUUUACCGACGCGAGUGAUGUCGCAAGCAGAGACGAAAUCGAAGAUGCAGAGGCGAACAAGGAGAAUCCAGCGAUCUUGCCGGGAUUAAAAAAGCGAAUCUUUUCACAUAGCGACCCAACGAGUAACUUGGAUGCUCGGGCGCGCAAGCGCCUCAAGCUGCUUGCCACCUCACGGUUUGGCAACUACGCGCUUCCAGAGGAUGGGAAGAAUCUACAUAAUUUUUCGGUACAGAUAAAGGAUUCCUUCGAUCGACGUCCCGAGGCGCGAAAAAUUUCUGAAGACAGAGUAUUCGUAGAUGACAAUGACGGCGGAGUUCGGGAAGGAGGAAGUUUUAAGCCAGAGGUAAGGCUGACAUUUCAGGGAGCCCACGUUUUUGCUGGUCUCAGAACCUUGGUUGAGAAGGGGGUAAUUGAUGGAGGGAGGAUGCCCGGGUGGAUGACAGGCGAGGCAGGGGUCAGUGUUGGUGUUGUGAAGGAAGGCCGCAUUGAAGUGACGAGUUUGUGACAAGUGCGGCUCCUUGUUAUGGAUUGGAAUCAGCACUGGAGCUCUUUGUUGGGCGUUUGAUUACUAUGAGAUACCCCUUCGGGAACGGUCCGGGCAUUGACGAAUACGAUAGCUAUUAUGAUUAUGAGGCUGUGAUGAUGAGCUCGAUAUUCUUCAUCGCCUCUUUCGUUACGAAAUGAAAGCGGGUCGAGGUGGCAGUUAGCCAUUUGGAAAGCUUCUUGAUUCCUCCCUUUUCGGCUUCUUUUGUUGAGCUCGGCAGAUUGUGUGCUUGCAUCAGUCCUGACCAGCCAUCCGCGCUCAGCUUGUCUAUCUCGAGCCAUUCAUUCGAUGCACGAGAUGCCUGUCAGCAGGACAACAACUCAAACCAUAAUUCCUCAGCAUGCCCCAGAGCCGAACCUCUUUUGGGUUGUCGCAGGACCAACGAGUGCUCGGCACAGCGGUCCGUUUGUUUAUGGGGCUCGAGAGAAUACAUUCGGUAUUAAAAGAGGACCUCUUCGCAAACUCUCCUCGCG